UCACGUUGAGGAGCAACAUUUUUGCUAUGGCUCGAUUCGUGCUAUUGCUCCUGGGAUUCACCCUCUCUGUCUCGGUUUGCCACUCGCAAAAUGAUACACAAUUGAAGCCGACAAUAGUUCCUGCGUCAUCAUUUGACGCGAGUACCGACGCCAACGUGCUGCGCGAGGCCAUGGAUUUGACUCAGAAGUGCAACCAAACGGCCAUUGGGUCCAUCCUUUCCCGACGCAGUCUCGCACAAAGGCUCGAAAUUGCUGAAAAGUACAAGUUAAAUUUCGGAAAGGACUUGGCAAAUGAAUUAUUUAGCUCGACCUGUCGGUCCCGCGGCUCAAUGCACGCACGCAUGAGCAAGGCCAUGGUCACUCCUCUGCCCACACAAUUCAGCAGUUUCCUUGAUCUCGCAAUGUUUGGCCAAAAAACGAUCGAGUCGGAGCUAACAGAGAUCCUCUGCGGCAACAACAACGCCAUGAUCAGGGACAUCGCCCAGGCCUACACUGAUGAGUACAAAAAGAGCCUGCUGACCGAUCUGGAGGGUAAGACGACCGGCGGUCUGGAGCGUCUGCUCGCGCUUCUGGUGCUAGCAAACCGCAACGAGUCGUCUCAGGUCGACAGCCAGAGGUUUAGCGACGACGUCUUGGCGCAGUUCAACGGUGGCAAGGUCAACUGGCACGACGGCCCAGGAAGGCUGAACCACGUGCUGGCGCUGCGCAGCUUCCCGCACAUCCGCAGGGUCUUCCUUGAGCUGUCCCGCAAAACUGGAAAGGACAUUAAGGCCCUCAUCGAGGAGCAGUUCUCCAGCGGCACCAAGGACGGAUACGUAGCUUGCGUGCGCAUCAUUCAAGAGCCUCAGGAAUAUUUUGCUGAUGUUUUAAAGCAGACGUUGGAGGGUUUUCUCGGUUCAGGAGAUCCAACCAUCGCCCGCGUCGCCCUGACCAGGUCGGAAAUUGACCUUGGAACCAUUAAAGAGAAGUACAAGCAGAAAUACGGACGCGCAGUCAUUGACGUAAUUCAUGAAGACUCCAGCGGUGCCUAUAAGGACUUGCUGACUGCCUUUUUCGGCUAGAGUUUUAAAUGCAAUUCCAAAAUUAGGGGUCUAGAGCUCAAUAAAGAAAAAUUAGUAAACAAUUAAAUGUAAACUCGAUUGUUGGUUUAUGCCUUUACAUAUUUAACACACUAAUUCUAAACUAUUAAGUGAAUUAGC